AUGGCGGUCAAGAUCGGCAUCAACGGAUUUGGACGAAUCGGUCGCAUGGUCUUCCAGGCCAGCGGUGAUCAGGGAGCCAUCUGCGACCAGGGACUUUUGGGCUCCAAGCUCGAUGUCGUCGGCGUGGUCGAUAUGUCCACCGAUGCCGAGUACUUUGCCUACCAGAUGAAGUACGCCACGCCCCGAGACUCCGUGCACGGCAAGUUCAAGCACGAUGUGAAGAUCGGUGAGAAGGACGAGCUGAUCGUGAACGGCCACAAGAUCAAGUGCCUUGGCCGAGAUGUGACUUGGUUCUUGCCCGGGUGCAUCCAGGCCAGCCGCGAGGGCCCCAAGGCCCUGCCUUGGAAGGACAUGGGCGUCAAGUACGUCAUCGAGUCCACCGGCCUCUUUGUGGAGUACGAGUGGCUAGGCUCUGUAGUUCUGGGCAGUAGAGGCAGGAAGGCCGCAGGCCACAUUGAGGCAGGCGCCGAGAAGGUCAUCAUCUCCGCCCCCGGCAAAGGCAACCUGAGCCUUGCCAGCUCAGAGAAGCGCAGGGGCUUUGCAGUAGGGCGCCGUGUCGCUCUCACGACUGUGCUUGAAGCGGCUGCCCGACGCAGACGCGCCCUGCAGUCCUGCAACCAGUUCGUUGCUGACCCCAAGGUAAGAAUUGGCAGGCUUCAGCGUGUACCUACCGUUGUGUCUUCUGUUGACGCCGAUGGGCAGCGUUUGAGUGCCCGGUAUCCUUGUGAGCGCUGUGGCCGUACCGCUACUCUCGCGGAGUUUCGCCGCUCUCCUUGCAAGCUGCGGACCUGCAAGACCAGAGGCCAAGAGGCGGCUGAUGAGGGUGACCCCAUCUCCCCCUUGUGCUCGCGUCUUGCCUGGUUGGUCUAUGUUCAAUGUGAUGGUGACGCGAGGAGCCUGCGUGUCAAAUCGCAAGCGCAAAGCCCCACAGACGCAGAGAAAACGCUGGGAGAACUUUCCAUCGCAGUCCGCAGCGCUUUGCUUUCCUUCCUAGGACGAGUUUGCAACGACAAGCUCUUCGCCGCAGCCUCCAAAAAGAAGACGCUGGUCAUGGGCGUGAACCACACCGAGUACGACAAGGCCAACCACCACGUGGUGAGCAACGCCUCCUGCACCACGAACUGCCUCGCCCCGAUCUGCCACGUGCUCCUCAAGGAGGGCGUCGGCAUCGAGAAGGGACUGAUGACCACCAUCCAUGCCUACACCGCCACGCAGAAGACCGUCGAUGGCGUGUCUGCCAAGGAUUGGCGAGGAGGUCGUGCGGCCGCAUGCAACAUCAUUCCUUCCGCGACCGGGGCCGCCAAGGCUGUGGGUGAGGUGCUGCCCGUCACCAAGGGCAAGCUCACAGGUAUGGCUUUCCGAGUGCCCACGCCAGACGUCUCCGUGGUGGACCUCACCUUCACCGCUGAGAAGGACACGUCGAUCGAGGAGAUCGACAAGCUCCUGAAGGCAGCCACCGAGAGCUACAUGAAGGGCGUGCUGUCCUACACAGACGAGGAGUUGGUGUCCAUGGACUUCGUUCACAACAAGAACUCUUCCAUCUACGACUCCAAGGCCACCCUGCAGAACAACCUCCCGGGCGAGAAGCGAUUCUUCAAGGUCGUGUCCUGGUACGACAACGAGUGGGGCUACUCCAACAGGGUUGUGGACCUUCUGACGCACAUGAUCAACGCGUAG